AUGAAUCCUCAAGAUUGCCACCUGCACGCAAAGGUCUGCAAUUUAUCGGCGUUGCCAGCAGACAAGGAGAAGGAAGCAGUGCUCGACAAGCGCAUGGAACAUCUGCAGGCAGACAUGCAGCUCAGACCAAAGAUGUACCUGGGUAGCCAAGAUGUCGCUAGUCAGAUGGACCAAGCCAAUGAGCUAUCCAAAGCAGAGCUCAACAACUUGGAGUCCAAGGCUGAGGCCUAUGAACGUGCGCAUCUGGACAGCCGCGAGCCCUUGCUCAUUCUGAAUUUUGAAAUGAGAUGUCUCGAUGUUGAAUUGGACGCCUUGAUGUUGAAUUUUGUAUGGACAGAUCUUUUGGACGAUUCUGAAUGGUUUUUGGAGGGUGUUUCUUUGCAGUUGAAUGUUACUGCAAAGUGCUAG